AACAGGAUAGACUGCUUAGCCGCCGUCACGAAGCCAGGUUGACGUUCCAAAACAAGAUGCUGAUCCUCCUAAAGCUGUGUGUUUCAGUCUGGGUGCUAGUGUUGGAUGCAGGAGCACAGGUCGACAUUUGUGGUAGUGGAUCAGUGCUAGUUGCCAACUCAACGCCCCAGACACUCCAGAACACAGAUGGGUUAUCUUCACAAUGUACAGUACAAAUCACCGUGCCAGCUGGUUCCUCUUUGAAACUUGAUUUUACCAGAUUUAAUGCCAUGUCCCGUAAAAUUAAGCUAUUUGCGAAUGAUCCGUCAGCCAACAACCAGAGGCUUGCAUCAGUCACCGAAAAUGCGUCAGGCGGCAGAGGCGCACCCACCUACGUUUACCAUGGAUCUGUCUACAUCAGAGUUUAUUUCCUCUCAACAAUUUCGACAUUUGUCAUGACGUAUCAAGAGGUAGACUUCGAAGAGAACAUCUGUACUCUACCGAGUCUGGUUUUGGCUGACACCACUGUCCAGGAAGUUGUGACGCCCAACUUCGGGAACGGUCCAUAUUUUGACAAUGUAGUGUGCGAAGUCGUGAUCGAAAGUAGCAUCACUGGUGCGAGGGAAGUAAAGGUUGAGGUUACGUCUUUCGAUAUGGAGUGUGGUUAUGACGAUGUACGAAUAUGUGACGAUGACGGCUGUCUUAGUUUGUGUAGUACAUCCAAAAGGAUCUUCCGUGGAAGCAAUGUUACAAUUCAUCAUUGGUCAGAUUUAAGUGUAGGUUACACUGGUACGAGAUUACAGUACACCGUAGAUUUUACUGACUGGACUUCGUGGAAGAGCAACGCCUGUUACUGUGACUGUACCACCAAACAACGCCUUGUCGACGACACUAGAACAAGGACUUGCCUCAAGGACAGCUGCAUUGGCGAGACGAACCAGAAACGAACCCGGGUCUGCAGAACCACGUGUAAGGAUUGCGUACUCGGGAAUUAGUUCCGGUCUGACAGAAUACAAAGAAUAAUAUUCUGUAAAUGGAUUCAAGAUAUGGUUGCGCAUUCAUCACUGACUAGAGAGGGAUUCACAAAGCUGAAAAUGUUUCGGUGCAAAUACUGAUAUUUGAAAGUAUUUCUAGGGGAAAAUCAACACGGUAUCUGCUUAUAUUAUUUGAAGACAUGUCUAUCUUGGAGGGCCAACAACUUUUGGCAUUUUGUUUUCUUUUAACUUGCUUUCGGGAUUUACAAAGAAAUAAAUCAAAUGGUAUACGUC